AUGGCAGAAUCAAAGAUUGAUCCCAGGAUCUUCCCUCGGUGGGUGAGAUAUUCCGCCCUGCUCACUGUCAACGUGUUUGUAUUUAUGGGCAAUAUGUACUCAUCUGGGAUAGCUACUGGCUUCGGGAGCUUGGCAGAGGACCUUCAACUUCCCUUUGAAAAACUGUCGGACUUGAUUAGCUACUCUGUGCUGGCUAUGGGCUUGGCAAACAUUUUCUGGAUGCCUCUGGCGCUGUGUUUUGGCAAGCGUCCCGUUGUCCUCAUCUCUAUGGCGAUGUUCGUGACCGGAAUUAUCUGGACUUGUGUCGCCAAAAACUACAAUAGCCUCAUGGGAGCUCGUGUUUUUGCCAGUUUCGAUCUAUUCUACGAACGCAACUAUGCCAGUGCGAUGGCUACCUACGCUUUAUUUCUCUCGGGCGGGUCGCAGAUCGGACCCGUCAUUGCCGGCUACCUGGUUGCAUCAAACGGCUGGAGAUGGUUCUUCUAUUUGUGCUUGAUCUUUGCUGCAGUCAACUUCGUGACAACCUUUUUCCUGUUGCCAGAAACCCUUUAUGAGGCCGAGACUGCGACUGAGGACGAACCUCAGGGGGAUUUGGAGAAGGUCUCUCAACGACACAUUGCAACAGUACCUUCGCGGUCGACCAGUGAUUCAUUUGGUUAUGCGGCCUACUGGAAGGGGCUUUUUAAGGUUGGUAUCUCACAGGCGGCCCGCGAAGAGGGAGUCUUGAAAUUCUUGGGCUACACCUUUGCCCUGCCGCUACCGCUGAUCGUGAUACCUGGAGUCUUGCUCGCCUCAGUCAUGUAUGGUGUCGUUCUCGGAGGGGUUGUCUCCAUCUCCACUCUCUGCCCAUCGCUUCUCUCGCCACCUCCCUACCUCUUCACAUCGGCCGACCUCGGUCUAUUCACCCUUAGCAGCUUUAUCGGCAUCAUCAUUGCCUUCCCCAUCGCUGGCCCUCUCACCGACUACGUCUCGCAAUGGCUACGUCGCCGCAACAAUAACAUCCACAAACCGGAGCACCGCUUCCCAGCCCUCCUCGUCCCCUUUCUCCUCUGCCCCCCCGGCCUAAUCAUAUUCGGCUACUCCUUCGCCCACCAGCGACACUAUAUCGGCCCCGCCGCAGGUGCAGCUCUGUCCGCCGCGUCUCUCACUCUCGUCCCCUCGGUCAUGCUCUCAUAUGUCGUGGACUCGUACCCGCGCACGAGCGGAGAGGCGCUGGUUCUGGUCAACGCGUCCAAAAACGUGGUUGCCUUUGGGCUGGCCAAGGGAUCGUACUCGUGGAUGGCGCUCGUGGGUGUUGACAAGAUGUUUUACGAGUUUGCGGGUAUCCAGUGGGCAGUGAUUGCAUUGGCGCUUCCCUUGUACUAUGCCGGUCCUUGGAUUCGGGCCAAAACAACGAACUUUGUGUAA